UUCCACCCAUGAUUUUAAUUUUAGAAAAGUCAACAUUGAUAUUCCACUGUCAAAAGCAAAUCCAGUUUCCAAAUGAAACGAUAAUCAACCACCUCGACUCUUGACUUGAGUCACAUAACCUUGGGAUGAUAAAAUCUUUCUGUGACAAAUGUAUGUAUUAAAAUCAAUAUCAGAAUAAUUAUCUACGGUAUAAUGACAGAGAUUUCCCCAAAAAGGCACAUUAUCAUCAAGUAAGCAAUUUAAGAUCUAGUUCAAUCCAGCAUGAACGACUCACUAUCGACCCCUCCCAAACCCUCCCAACCGCAGGUGCAUUGGGCAGCUCGACUGCCGAGAGACCGGCUGUGACAAGGGUAGCUGGCAUCUCUUGUAUAUCUGGACUGCGCAAUGUCAGAAUGAAAUAUAUGCCUCAAACCAUCCAGAAAGUUUGUUGGUGCCAUGGAUGACAAUUACAUUCAUGAACGACAGGAGACGAGCACAAACCAAGAAAGCACCCAAGGGCAGCCUCAUAUUCAACCUCCCCUACAUUAUCACCAGCAGUAUCCUCCACCAGCACACCAUGCUAUACAGACUGGGUACCAUGGACUCAGAUUUGCAUCGGACAUCAACUCCAUGCAGACUUCAGUCUCUGAUGCAGGUACUGCCCCAGGACAGGUACCCAUUCCCACAGGGGUGCACCCUCCUAGAUUACCCAUCACGUCAGGGUCUACCAGCAUCACCAACAGGGAGAGCCACGGCCAGAAGGGACACUUCUAUGAUCACGUCCUAGGCCUCGCAGCUGCUAUGCAAGUGAACUCUGCACCACUUCACUAUAGACCAGAUCUUUCCAGUGGCGCUAUACAACUCCAGCAGGUUCCGACUUCGCUGCCAGCCACAGUUGCAACUCCACCACCUCUUCAACCUGCUCCAACUCUCAACUCCUCGCAUGAUCCCAGCUACCUUAUCGAAGACCUCUCCAACUCAACACACAGCAAUGUUUCCGCACCCCACUCAGUUCAUGCAACUCUUUCUUGCCCCAAUCCUUCUGGGAACACUGUUAAUACUGUGCCUCCAACAACUCUGUCAGACAAAAAGAAGAAGAGUCCUAAACCCAGAGCAAAGAGGGCUAGUCUUCCGCAGCCAGUUGUUCAGUUUCAGCCUCAGAGAGUGCAAAAUGUCACCAAGUGCUGCCAGACGGAACCUAUGUUUGAGGACAUCUGGAAACUUGAGAGUACAAGGGCAGAGCCAUCUAGUCUUCCAUCGAGUCUGGAAUUCAUCCAAGCGGCGGGUGAGGAGAGUAAGAUAGUGGGUGUGAACUCUACAAAAGACUUGGAAGAAGGAGAAACGUUUGGGCCGUACACUGGAGAGUUUGUGAAAGAAGGUUUAGGCUGUUACAACCCAUCAACAUGGGAGGUAUGUGUACGAGGCAGAGUGUGGUUUUAUCUUGACGGAUCCACAGACCCUGAUAAUUGGAUGCACCAUGUCCAGUAUGCCAGGAGCAGCAAGGAACAGAACAUGGAAGCCUUCCAGUCAUAUGGGGAUAUCUACUUCCGUAUCACCAAACCUAUCAAGUCGGGAACAGAGCUUAGAGUCUUCUAUAGUCCAGAGUACAGGAAGAGGGUUGGAUUCAAGACCAGUCUAGAUGAACUUCAUGUGGACCAAGACAACAAGAUGUUCCAAUGUCAAGACUGUAAACACCGUUACAACAACCCAAAGAGCCUUAUGAGACAUCUGAAAUUUGAGCAUGACAAAGAGAACCAACGCAGUACAAACAACUCAAAGGUCGAUUUUCAGUCUGAAAACUCCACCCCAACAAAGCUCGAGUUCAUCACUUCUUUGUUGACGAAACGUGCCAAGACUACGACUGGAGCUGCAGAAAAAGCUGUCCCCAAAGGAACACCAAAGAAAAAUGCGAAAGAAGAGAAAGGCAAGAAAUACAUGCAAGUAAAGUUUGUUCCAUUGAAGAACUCUGAUGACAAUGAGGCCAAAGGAAGUAGGAAAAGGAAGAGGAGGUUCACGUGUAAGAGAUGCGGGAAGCUGUUUUCAUCAGGAGGACGCCUCCGACAACAUGAAAGGUUUCACGAAGAGGCCAAAGACACCAAGCCUGUGUGUAAGAUCUGUGGAUUGGAGUGUAAACACCAAAGAGCACUCAAGCAGCAUAUGCCUUCGCAUGAUUCAUCUUCAUUCCAGUGUCCAAAUUGCGACAGGUUCUUCAAUCAAAAGAACCUCUUUGCCUACCACCUGCGGCGGGUGCAUAAGAUCUAUAUUAUGCCAGACAAAGGUCGUAGAAUGGAAAAGUUUGAAAGGUAUGUUGGACCUGAAGAGGAAUCAGAGGAACCUGAAGAGCCUUUCCAUCCAGAUCUACCGAAGGACAUGCUUGGAAAGCAAAUACUGAUAACCAGUAAGAAUCCAAAGGUUUUCAAAUGUAAGUACUGCCCAAAGAGAUUUUCAACCAACAAGAACGUGAUCAGGCACGAAGAUACUGUGCAUACAAACAAUGGUCAAUACAAGUGUGAGUACUGUCCCGCUACAUACACAAGAAUGGCCGCACUCUUGUUGCACAGGCAAAAGCACACGAUGGAUCGCCCCUUCAAGUGCGAGGAGUGCCCACGGUCCUUCUCUUCAGAGAGCGCCCUCAAGAACCACCUUCCAGAACACCGCGGUGAACGACCCUACAUCUGUGACGUCUGCGGCAAGGGCUUUGGCACAAGGAAGAACAUGACUUGCCAUAAGAGACGUGUCCACAUGGCUCCAACCACAGUCUUUAACUGUAGCUUUUGUGAGAAGACAUUCAAGCACAAGACGGCACUGUCGCAACAUGAGCAACGCCAUAAGGGAAUCCGGCCCCACGUUUGUUUAACCUGUGGACGUGCCUUUGGAACGAAAUUCACUCUGCAAUCUCACAUGCGCAUCCACACAGGUGAAAAGCCGUUUGAAUGUCGAGUGUGUCAUCAGAAGUUUGCCCUGAAUCAUCAUCUUGCCAGACACAUGACGCGUCAUCAGAAGGCGUUGGCUGGAUCUUCAGAGGAAGACUUGGUUUAGAGGUUUGGGUGAAUGAAACAAGGUCUAAUGGACUACAUGUAAAUAGUAAUAGUACCAUUUAUUAGGCAUUCAAGAGCUAAACAAUGUAUUAUUUGAUAUUUAUGUAGAU